UCUGAUCACAUUCACAACAGUGGCCUUGCAGUUGCUCUUCUUCUUCUUCUUCUUCUUCUUCUUCUUCUUCUUCGUCGGAGAAAAUGCAUUCGAAUCACUUGCUUCUGGAGGAGCCUAUCAGAAUGGCCUCAAUUCUCGAGUCUUCUAAGUCUACAUUCUUUCCUGCAAUGUCAAGGAUUGUUGGAACACUUGGUAUAAAUUCACAAUCCGUUGAGACAAUAUCUGCGUGUUUGAAGGCAGGAAUGUCUGUGGCACGAUUUGAUUUUUCAUGGGGCGAUGCUGAGUUUCAUCAAAAGACGUUGGAAAAUCUGAAGAUCGCAAUCAAGAGUACCAAGAAACUCUGUGCAGUUAUGCUAGAUACAGUUGGUCCUGAGUUGCAGGUAGUGAAUAAAUCUGAGCGCCCCGUAUCUCUUCAGGAAGAGACCCUGGUUGUCCUAACACCUGAUCAAGACAAAGAGGCCACUUCAAAUCUAUUACCCAUAAAUUUUAGUGGGCUCUCAAAGGUAGUGACGAAGGGAGAUACUAUUUUUAUUGGUCAAUACCUCUUUACAGGAAGUGAAACUACUUCCGUGUGGCUGGAGGUCACCGAGGUGAAUGGUGAAGAGGUGGUUUGUCUCAUAAAGAAUUCUGCUACCUUGUCAGGGCCAUUGUAUACUUUGCAUGUCUCUCAGAUUCGUAUUGAUCUGCCUACACUUACAGAUAAAGAUAAGGAGGUCAUAAGCACUUGGGGCGUUCGUAACAACAUUGACUUCCUCUCAUUGUCAUAUACCCGUCAUGCUGAAGAUGUUCGCCACGCCCGCGAAUUUCUUUCAAAGUUAGGUGACCUGAACCAAACUCAAAUUUUUGCAAAAAUUGAAAAUGUAGAGGGAUUAAAUCAUUUUGAUGAAAUCCUACAAGAAGCUGAUGGUAUUAUCCUCUCUCGUGGAAAUUUGGGGAUAGAUCUCCCACCAGAGAAGGUAUUUUUAUUUCAAAAGGCUGCUGUUUACAAGUGCAAUAUGGCUGGAAAGCCAGCAGUGGUGACUCGGGUUGUGGAUAGUAUGACAGACAACCUAAGACCUACUCGUGCUGAAGCAACUGAUGUUGCCAAUGCCAUACUGGAUGGAAGUGAUGCAAUUCUUCUAGGUGCGGAGACCCUACGGGGUUUGUACCCUGUUGAGACUAUCUCCAUUGUUGGAAAGAUCUGCGCUGAGGCUGAGAAAGUUUUCAAUCAAGAUCUGUACUUUAAGAGGGCUGUCAAAUAUGUUGGAGAACCAAUGACCCACUUGGAAUCUAUUGCUUCCUCUGCGGUACGGGCAGCCAUCAAGGUGAAGGCCUCUGUAAUUAUUUGCUUCACUUCAUCCGGACGAGCUGCAAGGUUGAUCGCAAAGUACAGACCAACAAUGCCUGUGCUUUCUGUUGUAAUUCCUCGGGUCAAGACAAAUCAACUCCGAUGGAAAUUUUCUGGUGCUUUUGAGGCAAGGCAAUCACUCAUUGUUAGAGGCCUUUUUCCCAUGCUAGCAGAUCCUCGACAUCCAGCUGAAUCUACUGGUGCAACAAAUGAAUCGAUUUUGAAGGUCGCUUUGGAUUAUGGUAAAUCCUCUGGUGUCAUAAAGUCACAUGACCGUCUUGUGAUUUGCCAGAAAAUCGGCGAUACUUCUGUGGUGAAGAUCAUUGAGCUUGAAGAUUGAUGUCAACAUUGCAACAUAUUUCUGAGUAUGUUUUACAAGUUUUUCUUGUAAGUUCUCCAUGGCCUACCACCCCUCUUUUCCAAAAAUAAGCGAAGAUGCAUAACGGAGUUUCUGACUUUGUAAUUAAAUUACUGUAAACUUUUGCUCCUUUGUCUUUCCAAAAAUAACAGUUCUCAAAACAUGAAUAUUAUAAUAUGUAAAAUAUUUUAUUAAAUCUGACGUCAGUAGCAUUUCAAGGUAGAGGAUCAAA